AUGAUUUGGGCUACCUCUGGGACAUUUCGAUACCUUGUACCUUUGGCAUUACUCGUAGUAGUAGCAUUGGCCAUAUGGGUCAUCGCAAAAGCGUUCUCCGGCCCGCUCUCAGCAGUACCGGGACCAUGGCACACAAGGUUUACAGGUAUCGUGAUCAAGUACAAGAUAUUGACCGGCCAACGCAUCUUCUAUGUCCAUGACCUUCACCAAAAGUACGGCCCUGUGGUCAGAGUUGAGCCAGGCGAGGUGGUUGUGUCCGACCUGGACGCCUUCCGCGAAGUCCAUCGCAUCGGGAGUGGAUUCGUCAAAUCUGACUGGUACAAGUCGUCUACGCCGGGAAUCGAAGACAACGUUUUCGCCAUGACGGAUGUCCAGCAGCAUGCGGCUCGUCGAAGACUGCUGGCCCGCCCCUUUAGCAGGUCAUCACUUUUGGCCAACUUCCAAGACUUGGUGUCAGACCGUGCGCGACUGGCCGUUUCCAAGAUGAAAGAGGAAGCGGACCGAGGAGACUGCGACGUGAUGAAAUGGUGGACUUUGAUGGCUACCGAUGUCAUUGCAAACGUGGCUUUCGGAGAUGAUUCACAUCUUCUAGAAGCCGGACAAAAAAGCAGCUACAUCGACGACCUGGAAUUAGCGUCGAUGAUCUUCGGGCUGGUAGGCGAGGUCCCGUGGCUGUACAAGAUGAUGCGCAUUGCAGCGCCCGCUUUUACAAGAAAAUGCGACACUGCCCUCCAGAACGUGGUCAACUACGGACUAUCAGCCGCAAGCCGCGCCAGGGAAAAGGUCUCCUUGUCCAGACACAACAUCAUCAAGGGCCUAAUCGACGCGAGCCGCGCCGAGGGAACCACUAUGACCGACUUCAGCCUGGGUUCACAGGCCUCUGCCCUGAUUGUGGCCGGGUCCGGCACGACGGCCGUGACGCUCACUUAUGCAGUCUGGGCCAUCCUCCAACAUCCAGAUGUGCGGCGGAAGCUGGAACAAGAGGUGAGCCAGCUGCCGGACGACUACGACGACACGGCAUUGGAGAAACUGCCGUAUUUGAACGCCGUCAUCACCGAGACCUUGCGGCUGUACGGAUCAGCACCGGGGGCUCUUCCUCGCACCACACCAGCCAAAGGUAUCGAAGUCAACGGGCUAUACAUUCCGCCUGGGGUGACGUUGACGACCCAAAGCUACACGAUGCACCGCGAUCCCGCAGUCUUCAACGAUCCAGAAAUAUACGACCCCGAUCGAUUCUACCUGAAGCCCCUGGAAGGCGCACAGAAGUACGCGUUCGGGCCUUUCGGAGGGGGAACGCGGAUCUGUCUGGGCAUUCACUUGGCCCAGAUGGAACUGCGACACGGAUUGGCAGAGUUCUUCCGUGAAUGUCGCCAUCUCGAGCUCUCCGAGGCGACCACACCGGCGUCGAUGAGGAUGGAGAAUUACUUCCUGAUCAGUCCGAUCAGUAAACGCUGCAUGGUCAAGAAGUGUGGGAAUGUGAAGAUGUGA